AUGGCCUCAUCUGAUUCAAGCGACAUUCAAAAUGAUGUUAACAAAUCUCAACAAGAGGUGAGUAUCAUUGAUAAUCAAAAUGUUUUACCUACCCAUGAUGAAGGAUUGAAAGAAGUAGAAAAGUCGGGUGAAGACGUUACGGUUAUUAGUGAUACCAAUUUAAUUGAAAAGGCUCCAUCUCCUUCGGAUGAAGGCAAACCAAUAAUUGCUGCAGAAUCCACUAAUAGUAGUUCCUCUUCAGUAAUCUUUACUCAACCGACUAGUGCUGGAUCAAUGAUUUCGGAUGAAGACAAAUCAAUAAUUGCUACAGAAGCUACAAAUUGUAGUUCCUCUUCAGUAAUCCUUACUCAAAUGGCUAGUACUGAAUCCAAACAUUCGACGAGUGCUAGUUCUUCCCCAACCGUUCCUAAUAUGACUAUUUCAAGUGAACCCAGUAAACAUAGUCGCAGCGGGAGUGAAGCUCGUAAGAAAGGGCCUCCUCCUCCAGUUCCUCCCAAACCAAAAAAUAUUGCUGUGAAACCACGUAUAGUUGCCCCGUCCAUACAAACAAAAGAUAAAGCUAAAUUACAAGUAUCGGAUGGUCAAGAGACCAACAAAUCAAUAUUACCAAAUUCAAAUACUAUCGAGAUAGGAGUAAAUGAUAGAGGAUUGGAUAGUCCAGAGACAAAAAAACCAACAUCACAAGAUUCAAGUACUAUUCAAAUAGAAAUAAAGGAUGAUGUAUUACAAGAAUUGAAUAGCACCGUGACUGAAAAACCAAUGGUACAAAAUACCAGCCAUAUUCAAGCGGAGGUGAAUAAUAAUGUACAAGAAUUGGAUAAUCAAGAGGUCAAAAACCCAACGUUACAAGAUUUAAGUACUAUUCAAGUGGAAGUGAAUAAUAAUGUACAAGAAUUUAAUAGCACUGUGAUUGAAGAACCAAUGUUACAAAAUACCAGCGAUAUUCAAAUGGAGGUGAAUAAUAAUGUACAAGAAUUGAAUAGCACUGUGACUGAAAAACCGAUGUUACAAAAUACCAGUCAUAUUCAAAUGGAGGUGAAUAAUAAUGUACAAGAAUUGGAUAAUCAAGAGGUCAAAAACCCAACAUUACAAGAUUUAAAUACUAUUCAAGUGGUA